GCCAGUGAAUGUGACCUAUCGUAUUACCCAUAUUUCAAGACACCACAGCUCAUGUACGGACCAACUGGAGCCUCAGUUGAUAUAAACAAUUUCCGAGCAUACUGCUGAAUGGAUAAUAAAUAAUCGAUUGGUUGCCUCGUGAUCAUUUGUCCGCGCUCGAUAAGUCUAUCUUUUCAUUCAAUUGGCGGAACCGGCAAGUCACGACAAUUUACAUUUAACCAAGCGAAACAAAGCAUGAACUUAUGUUGUUAACUGACUGAUAUCUUACUUAUCGUUCAGAUGGAUAAACCGCAGGCCUUUUGUGACAAUAUAGUGAAAUAUUUUCUUCAGAAACAUGCCGUGGGCGAGCCUGCGCUUCCGCUGUUGAGGUGGAUAGUAGUGCUGAAGGGCGAGGCAACAAAUACUAUACUGAAUUGUUGCCGAUGCAAAUCAUUUUGGUUUUUGGCAGAUCGACUUGGCGAAGCUAACUAAGAAGGCAAAUGUUAUCUGAUAAUAUUUCCGUUGCAACGGCUUCGUUCUGUUUACUAACUCUUCAAAUAUAUCGAGUAGUGGCGUUGGACUGGCAAAGUUUAAAGCUGUUGGACGAACAUGCUACUAUGGUGUUGAGAAAUAAUCGAGAACUAGGGGGGGGGGGUGCAACUGACGAAGACUGUCCGUAUAAAGAAAGUUUGAAGACCGAAUCAUGCUGGGGAUAUGAGAAAGAUUGCAAGAAACCGUACUUUGAUGAAUUCACAAAUUGUUCAUCCAAAGAAGAAAAACGCAAAUAUUGGACUCAGGCCGACUUCGGUAAAUUGAAGCAACACUUGGAGGAAAUGAAAUCUCGUCAAAUUUGUAAAUCUGAGAAUAUCGAUGGGUCAUCUUUGACAUGUACACAGGACGCAACAAUGUGCAAAGCAAAAAAUCUUUAUAUACAUUUUCCGAAUUUUGAUAAAAGAGAUCAAAACGUCAUUCUUGUGCCUGAUGAUGGAGUUAUUGGUGGAUAUUGUUCUUUGAAUAAGGAACUUCUCAAGCAGGAAACAAAAAUAAAACGAUCACUGUCGACGUGGGGUUUUCAACUGCAAUCAUUCCAGCCAUUGAAAAGUAACCCUUUUGCUGACAAAAGUUGUGACAUCAUUUUAGAUAAACCUGUUGUAUUUGUACAACUUGAUUCAGUAGGAAAUCUUUAUCAUCAUUUCUGUGAUUUUUUCAAUCUUUACUUGACUCAACAUGCAAACAAUUCAUGGUUUGGAACAGAUGUUCAGAUUGUUCGAUGGAAUGAGCACCCAAGAUUUCGUGACCCUUUUAUGGACGCAUGGAAAGCGUUUACAGACUCUUCAGUUUUAUCUUUGCACGAUUUUGCCUAUAAACGAGUCUGCAUUCCAGACGCCACUUUCGCAUUCCUACCUCGUAUGAUUCACGGUCUUUAUUACAGCACUUAUUUGGAACAAGGAUGCCGCGGAUCGGGACUCGUUAAAUCUUUUGGGGAUCAUUUACUUCAUAGACUUGGGAUUAAGUCUGAUACGGAUCACGUCUCUGACGUCAUCAGGGUCACAUUUCUUGCGAGAGGAGGAAAGAGCGAUCGUUUAGUUUUUCGCCGUGUGUUGAACCUGGAAGCGUUGGUAAAGAGACUGAAUAAACUUCCUAAUAUCGAAGUUAAGGUUGUAAGCUACGAUUUCGAUGAAAUGAAUUUUCUGGAACAACUUCAAACAACACGGAAAACAGAUUUAUUUAUAGGAAUGCAUGGGGCUGGCCUCGCACAUUUUCUAUUUCUGCCUGAUUGGGCAGUCGCAUUUGAACUAUACAACUGUGGUGAUAUCCGUUGCUAUCGUGAUCUUGCUGGCUUACGGGGUCUUCGGUACCUGACUUGGGAAGAUGAAUCAAAAGUACGAGAUCAUGACAGGGGAAUUCAUCCUCAUUACGGAGAUCAUGCUAAAUUUUGGAACUUCAGUUUUGACGUGGAGGAAUUCAUUCGUUUAGUUAGGAAAGCACGAAAUAUGCUCCUGGAAACCGAUAGGUUUCGUCAUUUGAAGAAAAAUUAUAACCCAAGAACCGAAUUUUGAGAACUUUCUACUUUUGGAGAAAAGUGAACUAUUUUCUGACUGACGUUCAAGAAGGUUGGUUUUAGCCAGAAUUUGAACAGAAUUGUUUUGCAAUACUAGUUCAUCACUUAUACACAAUUUAAGAUUUCGUUAUAUUAAAAAAUUAUUUAUGAUUUAUGAAAAAUUUAACGUUAAUUGUCUGUACAAGAUUUAAUUAAUGUUAGUUGAAAAGGUUGUCUCCGUUGAAAAUCGUAGUAAAGUCGUUUUCAAAACUGUUUUGAGAUUAUAUUUGUGAAUAGGAAAUGAAAUUGUUGAUUCACGUUGCGCACUUCUAUAUUAUUUCAUAAAGUCAUUGGCAAUACACCAUAUUAUUUAGCGCAUAUCCUAGAUUAAUGUUCCGUGAUGCGUUUCCUAUGUGAAUCAUUUCACGAUUGUCGACAUUAAAUGCAUGUCCUAUGUUAUAACUUAUAACACAUUUCUUCAUUUUAUCUAUGCAUGUGUAAAUUACCGAUGAUUCUGUAAUAGACAGAAUUCCUCUCCGA